AUGUGGAACUCUUGCAUGAAAGAUACAGAUGGACAUUGGGUGGUAUCAUAUCCCUGGAUAAAGACUCCAGAAGAACUUCCAAACAACGAAAAGCAAUGCUUCGCAAAACUUUGUUCCCUAGAAAAAAGGCUCAAGAAAACAAACUCUGCAGAGCAGUAUAGCAGGGCGAUUGACGAUAUGGUGGAGAAAGGUUUUGCAAAGAAACUAACUGAAGAAGAGAAAGGAACCUACCAUGGACCAGUCCAUUACAUUCCUCACCACGCUGUCAUGAGACCAGAAAGUGCCAGUACACCAAUCCGAAUAGUCUUUAAUUCGUCGAGUGUGUGUGAAGGGUCAUCGCUAAAUGACUACUGGGGAAAGGGUCCAGACCUAUUAAGAAAUCUGAUGGGAGUGAUUAUGAGAUUCCGGGAAUUCAAGAUUGCUGUUGCCGGCGAAAUCAGUACUGUAAAAUGUUCUAUCAGGUUAGGAUUCCACCAAGAGACAUGCACGUCCACAGAUUCUUGUGGAGAAAAUUUGAAGAGCGUUCACCUGACACAUAUGUUCUCCCCAUUGUGA